CGGCCGUACCACGGCAUUUGGGGGUACUGGAAAGAAGUGUCUGUUUGCCCUCACUCUGAUGUGUUUGUACAUAGGUCCUUAGAGAUGUUAAUAAACUUCUUCAGCACAUCUUUCUUCAACAGCUAACCCUAGAGGUCAGUCUUGUCCAUUCGAUUAAUGUUGCCUGUGCUCUGGCGCCUAAUGCGAUGCCGACGCCAGCAAAAACAAAAAUCCCAUAGGGCCCUCGAGUAAAUGCAUGUACAACAAACUUUACGAACCUAGAGAGAGUAUACUCUCUUCAUCCUCUUCCGUAUCAGGACAUUUGUAGGUCUUUUAUGAUGUUAAGUAUCUGGAGGGUUUUAUUUAGAAAAAUCAAACAUGUUCUCAUGUUUUGUGACCAUUAUGUGCAAAAAUAAUGUAUCCAUCUCAGUAAACAUGGUCGAAUUCAUAACUGUAAUGAGACAGUGAACAAGAAGGAUCAAUUUGGAAUCGCUUUGCGUAAAAUAAACAGGACUUCCUAAUCAUUACUCGAGUUUCGACAAAUUAAUCAUGAUUCGAAACCAAAGGACAUCCGUCAUCUAACAAGAGUGUAAUUAAAUCCCAUAAUUAUUCACAUUUUAUGAUGGUGUCGACCUUUUUAUAUACUUUUUAGAGUUAUCUUGUAUGAAAACGGACUGUAACUUAUCAUCCUUAAUUGAGCAUGAGUACAAACAAUAAUCAUGCACAUCUUAUUUCCUUGUUGGCAGGCUCAACUGCUGGACUUUCUGUUGAUCUUGCACUUUUUCCAAUCGAUACAAUCAAAACUCGUUUGCAAAGUUAUCAUAACAAUGUUCAAAGGACUCCUGGUUCCCUCCGUCUUUUUGCCGGUUUCCCAGCAGUUGCUAUAGGUUCUGCUCCUGCAGCUGCAGUAUUUUUCUUAACUUAUGAGGCAGUUAAAGAUGUAUGUAGGGAUCUCGGUAUGCAUCCGAUAAGUCAUUCAGUUCUAUCUGCUUGUAUUGCAGAAAUUGUUGCUUGUAUUAUAAGAGUACCCUGUGAAGUGGUGAAACAGAGGACGCAAAAUCAGCCUGCUCAUGGUGUUUCAACUGUGUUUCUACAGACUUUGCGUAAUGAGGGCAUUCGUGGAUUUUACCGAGGAUAUGUCAGCACAUUAUCACGAGAAAUCCCAUUUUCACUCAUUCAAUAUCCCAUAUGGGAAAAAUUAAGGUAUAUGACUAUGGAAUGGAACAGAAAUGCAGUUGGAACCGAUGACAUUACAGACCCAACAGCGUUCCAGUUAAAGGCUUGGCAGUCAGCUAUGUGUGGAUGCUUAGCUGGCUCAAUAGCUGGCGCUGUAACCACACCUUUAGAUGUGGCCAAAACUCGAAUAAUGUUGGCUGAGCCCAAUUCUAAUUUUGCAUCUGGUCAUAUAAUUUACGCCAUGCGAACAAUAUUUCAAGAGAGUGGAAUUCAUGGGCUUUUCUCAGGUUUAAUACCUCGAAUCACAUUACUAUCUGUUGGUGGAGCUAUAUUUCUUGGCAUUUAUGAUAUUUCUACCAGUUUCUGGACUUUAUUUCUUCAAAAUUCUAAAGAUUGAUGUAACCACGUACUUGACAUAGUUUUUUUUCAAUAAAACACUACUAUUUUGUGCCUUAUGUUCUCAGUCCGUGAUGGUAUUUCUCGGUGUAUUGUACCUAUUUAGUUAGUUCUAAAUAAUUUUUCCUAAACUUUCUAAAGUUGACACUGUCAUUGUUUGUAUAUUUCCCAUAAAUAUUUUACUUCGGCUGCUCAACACGUGAAUACGUAAAUCUUUAGUUUUGUUAUUGUUUAGUGUUUCAACUGAAUAGAUUUCAACUUUCUCCAUGAAAUAAACUAAAUAAACCUUGACAAACUAGUGAACAAAUUAAAGUUUCCUUUUAAUCAUAAAACUUGAAGUAUUGUCUUGUCUAUAUCUCUUAAUACAUAACUCACUAUUAUCUAACCUUCCAUUGAGAAAAUUGAUGUUUUUGAAUAAGAAACUGAAAAAUAAUCACCAUCCAAAAAUGUCUAAAAUAAAAGCUUUACAUGCCUGUCUGUACUGAACUAUUCAGAUCAAAGUGAAUCGUCGAAUGAAAUCAUACUUGUGUUUCAGCAUCGAAAUGUAAUUAUUACUCUUCGUUAUUCUUCAUUACAAACGGAUAUAAUACUUAGUUGUUUGCAUUAUAUUCAUAUGUUUAUCUAUAUACCUAUAUAAAUCACCAGAAUGGUUCAUUUCCAAAUGCAUACACUUGAAAUAUUACUUAGGUCAUCUGAAAAAUUAUCACUACUAUUUCUAAAUAUAAUAACAUCUAAAAGUUUUAAUAACUUUAAACUAACUAUUGCUAAUUUGUUAACUUCCUGGUUAAAAUUUUAAUGAUGUUUGUGUUCAUGUUACAAGUCGAUAUUAUUUAGAUACUGAAUGGAUUGAUGAUUCUUGAACAACACUGUUGUAUUUUCUGAGGAUUUUUCUGUAGUAUUGUUGUAUUUAUAUUUAAUAUUACGGUGAUGAGAGUUAUCUUGAUGAAUUAUUUGUACUGUUGUUAAGUAAAUGAAUGUAUUAUUUCACUUGA